AACUUGCAGAGAGCAGUACAGCAAAAUUUUGCUCAGUAGUUAUGGCUCAUACCGUCAUUUCAGUCAAGCUUCCUCCAAAUAUAGAUCCAACCAAAGCCAGGCUUGCGUAUGGAGACCGGGCACUUCCUAAAUUAGUGAGUAUGAUUAUCUGCAUUUCGAAAUAUCUUCGAUCAAAGGUUCGAAAUUAAUUUGUCACUCUAGACUCAGCUGGAUGUUAUCAGUUUAUCGAACAGAGUCAAUCCCUUUUACCUCUUAUAUGAGAGUUACAAUUUGAGCACACUGGUGGUCGAAAUUUUCAAACAAGACGUCUCUAAUUUGCGAAAGUUAAGCUUUAGUUGUCAAAAUAAUAGUGCUUUGAUAACUUAAGUUUAACUUUAAAUUGUAUCGUAUAAUUAUAUAUUUGUUAUUUUGCUAUAAUUACACUUGGGAGGUUCGCGCAUAAAACAUUGAUUUCACCUAAAAAAUAUAUAAGUUAUCUCUACCAAAAGGCGCAUAUCUCUGUAAUCCCUAUUUGAAAUCAAUCGCUGAAGAUUUGCCAAAUAAUAAUGGUUGACCAAAACGGGCUGCCUAAAAUUAAUGAUUUAGCAUGAUUCUCAUGAAAUGCAUCCUUGUAAACCUGGCACACAAAUUGUGGAUACAGUGAUUAAGUGCUCCUGGUGACUGGCAAUUGUACAGUUUCAUUGUCAUAUAGGUGCAGUUACCUCUAUAACUGGACAUGGUAAUCCCUGUCACACGGAUGCAAGCAUGCCUGUGUGGAGAAACCUGCACAAGAUCAAUCAGAUGCUCUUGUUUGUAUUUGAAGUGUCAGGCUUAAGAAGUGACUUUUAUAAAGUUAUAAUGCUUAAAUGAUAGUUAUUAAAAUGAAAUUAUUUCAUUUUCACUCUAUUUGGUUCAUUCUUAAUGUAGAAUCGUGAGCUAAACAGCUCAGACCUUUUAACACGUCAACGGGCUCUGAUGUCCCUUUGUGAUGUCAUGCACAAUCCAGAACAUAUAUCUGAAGGACUACGAGUUGGUGAGAGCAGUAUCAGUUAUUAAUUUUUACAUUAAUUUUACAACUGACCCCAAAUGAAUGUCAAAAGUCUGUCUUAUUUGAAUAAGAAGAAAUACAAUGUAUCUCUUCCCUGAUAUUUUCACUAGGCGACUGACCAGAAUCAUUAUUAAAAUCCUGUGGUGAAAAAGGUGGCACUACUAAUGUUGUGACAGUUUAAGGCUUUGAGAUCUUGCGAUUUUCAAUUCAAGAAGAGUGAAGGCACAGAUACUUUUGCGAGAGCAGUGAUAACAUGCACGACUAAAUUGUGCAAUAAUACUUCAUAGUAUAUAAAAACUAAAUUGUUUCCUAAAUAUACCAUAUUUGUACUGUAGGUGUUAGUGCAAGCUUAAAGUCGCUACUCAAAGACCCUGAUGCUACAGUUAGGCACAAGGCAACUGAAGUCCUCAGUAUCAUUGCAGGUGGUUAUACCAUAUAAAAUACAUGUAAGGGAUGAAAGUGGGGGCUGGAGAUUUUCUCUUGCUAUUAGCAAGAAUGUGUUAAUGCUCAGCUACUUAAUUCAAUUGCUCACCUAAUUCAAAACAAUUAAGCUUGAGUCCGAUGUUAUAGGCCUCCCAAGUAGACAGUCAUUCUUUAAUAGGGCUUUGUUGUGCAUUCCAUGCAUCCUCCACAAACAUCUGUUGAACAGAGAAGCUACUUUCACUGGACUUAUUGAAUAGCAGAGAGCCAUUUUAUUCUAGUGUAUGAUAUGAGAACUACAUGUUUAUCCAUUACACAGUGUCACACACCAUAACGUUUCUCUCUCAAAACUAUAGGUCAUGCAGUAGGCAGAGAUGCAUUUCUAGACCACAAAAUGAUUGUACCAUUAUCAGAACUGGUAAGAUUUAUGUUAAAUACAUUUUAUUUUAAACAGUUGAGAGGAUGGGAGAACUUAUUUUAAGAUGUCUUUCCCCUCAAAAGUUGUUUGUUAGAGUUAUCGUUUAAAUUUAACGUGUUAAGUGCCUGAAAAAUAGCCGUGUGAGACUUGUAAAGUUAGUAUUUUUGAGAUUCUGAUCUGUCCAGAUUCCCCAAGUUGUUUGUUUAGGAAUCAAGGACUCAGGAGAGUGGAUCUUAAUUAUCAUCAGUCAGUGAAUUUAGGGUCUUUUUCUACAAGGUAGCUGUACUUGUGGCUUGUUAUUAUUAUUAUUAUUAUUAUUAUUGUUAUUUCUUUAUUUUUUUGAAACAAAGAAAAAUAGAAUUGAAACAAGGGUCUUAAAAUUGAGCCAUGACAAUUGUACCUGAAUGUGAAAAUGGGCCACAGAAUUUUUACUCUACCAAGAAGAUCAAAAAGCCUCAGUAGGGAAACAAAUUUGCCCUUUUGUCAUGAAUUAUGCAAUGCAUCAUGUUUACAUGUUUGUUUUUUUGUUGUUGUUUAGUCUCUAAAAACUUCUUUUCAUUUUACAAAAUGUAGUUUGAUGACAAUGUAUAUCAGGCAAGAAGGAAUGCACACAAAGCAAUAGAAAUGUGUGUCCACAUGAGUCCUGGUACGGAGGGCGUUGUGGAUGCUAAACUCGUCCCAGUGUUGGUUGGAAAACUCUUAAAGGAGGAGGAUGAAAUAAAGGUAGAUUUAUUGUUUAAUGUAUCAGGAAAAUCCUGAGGCCCCCCCCUCAGACUUGGGGUUUUCUGUGUAUUUCACUUUUUCAGCUAGAAAAUGCAAUUUGAACUUUUUGUUCUUGCAACCAAAUUUUUCUCGUUCAUUAAGAUCAUUUUGAAAGGCAAUUGGAUAGGAUGGAUAAUUUAUUUAAUGUCAAAAACGUACUUGCAGGAAGUGACUGCUCAAUCUUCCGAGCCAGUAGAGGCUCAUGUUAAAAACGCUUGACAAUGCAACAAAAUAACAUACGAAUCGUACGUAAAAAAUCUAAAAAAAAGUUCAACUAUAAAAUUAAGUACAUCAUCAUUUUCAAAAAAAAAAUUGAGACAUAUUAAAAACCGAGAUGCAAGGUCUGUAAAUGUCUAUAAUUAGCAUCAACAUUUAAAAGAUAAAAGUAUAACUAAAAAGAUAGAUCAUCUUCUUGAGUUGAAAAAGGCUAUUCACAAAUAUCAGCUUAUCAAAAAUAAUAAUAUUGAAAAUAUAAACUGAUCCCAAGAGUAUGUAAAAAUAUGUAAACAGGUAAAAUUAUGUGCAGUUCAUGUACUGGUACCCUGUGAAUCGAACCUAACGUCAAUCAGAUGAGCACGAAAUAAUUGUACCAAAGUGGUCGAGGAUUUGGUUAUUUACAAUGUAGGCGGUAACUGCUUCCACAUGUGGGCAAUCAUUUGCGAAAAGGAGUUGUACAUGAUAAGGCUCACUAUUAUAUCGAGGCUGCACAACAUUUAAGCCACCAGCUGCCUCGUAAAUUGUAUUUAGUUUAAUAUUCGAGGUGUAAACAAACUUAGAGAUAUAAUUUGGACCAUCCAGUUUGAAACUCUUCAAAAAUAGAAUUAGCGAUUGCUCGAUACACUGUACCUCUUUUCUCAAGCGUUUCCAUAGCAGCCAUUGCCAGGCAAAAGUCAUAACUGUAAGUUGCCGAAUUUCCCGGAUUCAGUAACGACUUGAUCGCAUAGUGAUUAGUACGUUCGAUGCUAUCUUUUUUCUUCCUAGAAGCAGUGGGCAGCAGUACUCUACAUGCGGUAUCGUGUGUCCUGUCUGUCAGUGUGCGGUUGCCCCUUAGAGGGGUAACUAGUUAGCGCCCCUGUAAUCCUAGACUACGAGUAGCCUCUCUUUUUUCUUAGUCCGUCGAGCAACACGCGCGAGACACGCAAAUGACCACGCGUUUGACUGAAGGCGCGAGACGGGAGAGGCACGCUCUUUUCUUCUCCGGCUGCCGCCCUCGUUUCGCGCGGCUCGCGGCUUCGCCGCUCGCGCGCGUUUGCACUUCUCUCACUAAAUCUGAAGAAAAAGAGAGACUGCCUUGACCACGUGGUCCCUUUUACCCGGGACAACUUUUCUCCAUAGUCGAGGCCCUUAGUGAUGUAAGGGGUGAAAUUAAUGCUAUCAUGGUGCUGUAACUUUUUGAGUAACAUUAAUCUUUUUGCACUGCAGGAGCUGAUCUUAGAUACCCUUCAUUACUGUAUGACGAUAGAGACACAAUCGGCACUGGAAAGUGAAGCCAUGGAAAGUUUUACAAAAUUGCUGUCGCACAAGUCGGAGACAAUCAGAGCAAAAGCUGCUAGAGAUAUCAUGGAUCUAAGGUACAGCUCUAGCAGGGAGCCAUGACUGUAAAGGGCAUAAAACUGCAUUAUAUUUUUUCAUGCACCAGUCAGGCCGAUUAUUUUAUCUUCCCAAACGGGCUAUUUCCGCAUUGGGACUUAUUCACUAGUGUUUCGCCGUACAGUAAAAGGAAACUUCUGUUGCUUUAGGCGUGGUAGACAUUUGAAGCGACAAGGCAGGGAGGAACAAACAUUCAGUGUGUCGCAGCUAGUCCCGCAGCUGUUCCCCCUACCUUGUCCUUCAAAUUUCUGCAACUUUGCCACGGAGACUAAUUAUGCACACACACAAAUAUAGUAAAAAUAGGGUUUUAUCAACAGAUUUGAUAAAGUCAAUUUGCCACUGUUACUGAAAAGACUGAAAAGCUGGUGUUUCAAACGCUAGCACUUCUUCGACGAGGAUCACAUUUUCCUUUUUUGCUUCAAAAAUGGGCUAGGGCUUGGGAAAAAAACGAAAAUGGACCUUUUAAAGCAAUUUAGUUAGCACAAAAUUUUGUGUUUUAUGUUUUCCGUUAAUACCGUGAUGUUUCUUUUAACCUAACCCCUACAUAUAUUUGCAUGUGUAUACAAGCUCGCCAUGUGAAACAAAUGUCCAUGAAUUUUAAAUACAUUUUGUAUAAAUCGUAAAAUAGCGCUUACCAAUUGCUUGUCUAAAUAAAACAAUCUCUGCGGAGCUGAUACACUGUAAAUUUCAUAUGAAGCGGAAAGAGCCACAGAUUUCCAUUCGAAUUCUGAACAUUAAUUUUGUGAUUAUUUUAAAAACGAGGUGCAAAAAUGGAGAGUAUACAUGUAUGUGAGUUUGGUUUAUUGACAACUCAGUGGUACAGGUAUUUUCCUGUUAAUUUUGGCAAAUAUGCACGGAAAGUAGAGAUAUACCUGUACAUGCAUGUCUCGUGAUUUCCACUUUCUUGUCGCCGGAACAGUAAAUCUUUUUUGUCACGAGAUACAUGCACAACUCCGAAUAUGAAUCCUGUUUUAGCCAUUUGAGCUUACAUCCUGAAGAUUCGUCCUAUACGUUGGACUGGUGUAUUACGCCAUUACUUUUUUUGUUGCAGUUUUCCAUUAGACGGUAAAGACAAGGCGGUAGAUGUGGGAGCCAUACCUGAGCUGGUAUUACUGCUAAAAGAUGAUAAUACUGAUGUAAGAGCCCAGGCCGCUGGUGCAAUCAUGACGUAAGUCUAACUGAGGUGUCAACAGUUUUCGCUCCGGAUAUUAGGGGGCUUUUGGGCCUGUUUGCAUGGCGUUGGGGGACCCCAGGUAUCCCGGGGUACACUUUUUCGUGAUUACUUAAUGGUUGGUAACCACAUAAAACAAAACAAAAAUAACAAUAAGAAGAAAAAUGGCGUGCAAACGACGUGUUUUAGCGGUUUAUGCUCUUGUAGUCUCACUUCCUGCUCUUGCUGCGUCCUUGCCAGGAAUAUUUCGUUUAGCCUGGCUAUAUUUCGUUCAUUUUUAAGAAUGUGUCAUGACAAUUAAAUGAUUUUUGACUUGCUCAGGAUCACAAUUACGACCAAAGGAAAGUAUGCUGCAAUUGAAGCAGAUGCAAUUCCAAAUCUGGUGAAUCUUUUGGAAGAUCCCGAAAGUGAAGUCCGACUUAACGCACUUAAGGUACGUAGAAAUCAAGGGAAGAACCUAGCCUGCGUAGAAAGCGUUACCGCGCGAGUUCGUCUAGAAAGGUGGAACGAGAGCAAAAAAGAGGAAUGAACCGCUUGCUAAGCAGGCCAGUGGGAACUUAGUAUGAGGCGAGGAUUUGCUUGUUUAGUCCUUUGGAUAAAAAUAAAGAGCUUCCAUUCUGGACUCCUUGACUAUCCUAUAAUUUCUUUGAAAUACGGCCAUUUUUAUCAACACUAAUAAAACGUUUUUGUACGGAUUUCUGUAUAGGGUUUAAGCCUGCGGGAAAGUUCUCCAUUUUGGGGCGUUCUUGCGCGGCUCGUUUCGCUCAGUACUGAAAAUGGAAUAGUAUACUGUCGGGCCUAUAGGAAACAAGCUACCGGUAUGAUUUCAGUUCCUAAGUGCAUAAUCAGCGAAUUACAUAAUUACAUGAGAUAAACGAUUUGCUUUUGGGAACAUGAGCGAAACUUACAUUGUACACCUCCAGACAUGUAGUUUCGCUCUUUGUAACUCAUCUGACUGGAUGGGGUGAUCGUUAGUCAUGCGAAACGCCUGGUGUCACCCGUCUUCUUCCUGGAAACUCAUAUUUUCUUCUUAUCAGCAGCCUGUGCUAUGGGGAUCAAGGAACAGGGUUCGGGCAAUCUGUUUAGUUUUGACGAACGCGAAAGGCAUACUCUAAGAUCUUUGUUUAUAGGGAGGUAUAUAGGUGCCUGAUGUUGAAACAAGACUUUUUUUUGUUCUUCCUAUUUAGGCAAUAACAACACUUUCAGAAGCUCCAAUAGGGAGAACGACGUUACUGGCUUCAGUUCACGAGGUAAUGGAGUGGACUCAGUAUUAUGGCAUGGAACCACAUAGAAAUCCCUAUACUUAGUACGCGCAGAUUUAAAAAUACUAGUGCUCAACUAACUAAGUUUAGGCCAACAACUUAAAGAAUUCUGCCGCGCCUGUUUUCCUUAAACAGCAGGCGUAAUGGUAACUUUCAUGAUUUCCCUAUCGGCCUUAACUCGGCCUUGCAUCAUGCUCUGGGAGGGAAAUGCAUCUGUUGUGUUCAAAAUCGUUGAGAAAUGGAGGCGUUGAAAGUAUUAUAAUUGUUUUUCACCCACAAAUCUCUUUUGGUUUGGUUUGGUUUGGUUUGGUUGUUGUUGUUUUUUUUUAAUUUCCGGUAUGGUGGUAUGACAGUCACAAAAGAAACAAAAGUAAUCGUUUCGUCUCCAUCUAGAACCGAGGAUCUUUGCUUCGGAAAACGGCGCCUUAACUUCUGUGCUUCAAGGUGGCUUGUCGAAGUAUCUUUAGAGGUAGUUAAGCCGCGCCUUACGGCCCGUUUAUGCGAUUGUUGUUUUCAUUGCGGAACUACGUGCUAUUGGCCGUUUUAUGCUAAGGUUAAAGUCGACUGGUGUUAAAAAGGGACGCAUAAAAGUUGAUGAAAGGAGUGGAAAAAACAGAGAUAUUGAACAAAAGACAAAACAGUGACUCUUCCCAGUCGUUUGUGGAAAAGUUGGGGCAUAAGUGCGUCCCUAUUUAAGGCGUCCCGUUUUUAUACUAGACGCAUUUAUCUUCUGAGGCGUUAAUUAAAGUCGUCAGUUAAGUGCGCCUGAACGACGCACUUAAAAGAAGACUUUAAUGGCGUCAGAAGUUACACGUCACACUUUGACGUCUCUAGCAUAAAAACGGUCAUUGUUACAAACUUAUGAAUGCUGCUCCGCCUUGAUAGCGGUAACCACCUAAAUAUAUAGCAUCCAUUGAGGUUAUGAUGUCUUCAAUUUGUGUUUCAGCUAUCCAAGCUUAUUCACGACCGUGACAGCCCAGCUGUCAGGAAAGCAGCGCAGAUUGCUGUUCAAGUCAUUACAUGGAAACCGUGAUCAGAAUGGAGCUGUUUUGAAUAAUUUUUAAAUGAAAGGAUAAACUGUAUCAUAUAGGUUCAUUGAAAAAUCGUGUAAAUUAUAUUUCCCCUGUAAUGGAGCAUAACAGUGUUAUUCGUUUAAGACGGCGUAAAAGUACGAUGUUUAAAGUUGUUUCAUUACAUAUCGUCAUUCAAAUCACACUAUUUUAAGAGAUCCCGGUAGUCAAUACUGUCCAUUUACCUCCUUUAAUGUAAAUAUUACUGUACUAGACAAAGCAAGAAAUUCUUUUUUUUUAUAAAUAAGCAGUGUUUUAUGAAAUAAGUCACUCAGUAAACUCAAUCAUAUUAACAUGCACCUAUGUGUAGUAUUUAUGAUAUUUUUGGUUUGAAGUUGCUAUUUUUGCAACGACCCAACCCUGUUUUAAAUUACCUUAUUAGUUUAAAACAGGAGUAGGUUAAUUUUACGAAAGGCCGCAAUCUUUCGUCUUUUCUGCCACCAUAAAAUUCAGGGUUGCCACGGUCAGGGAAAAGUCAGGGAAAACGAAAAUUUUCAAGUUCAGGAAAAGUCAGGGAAUCUUUUAAAAAGUUAGGGAAAAUCUUUGAUAUUGUCAAAGUCAGUGAAAAGUCAGGGAAUUCUGUUUUCCGGUUUAGAGUUCAUAAGUUUUCUUCAAGAUUUUGAAAGACAUUUCUUUUGGAAAAGAUGAAAAGUAUGCUGCAAAGCAAGCAAAGCGAUCAAUUUGACACUUUACGCCUGACACGUAGUAGUUGUGGCCAGUGGUUUUCCUCGAUAGCCUUUCAAAAAGUUCCUAAAGCUGAAAUGGUUGAAAAUCGAUUGUUAUCCUCGAUUAAAAAAAGGUCAAGCGAAUGGAAACAUCGAAAACUGUUUAAAGGUCAGUGAAAACUGUUUAAAGGUCAGUGAAAAUUCAAGGAAUUUUUAACUUCCUGAUGAGUGGCAACCCUGAAAUUAUUGAACUUCAAUAGCGAGGAUUUAUUGAGUAAAAUGGCCAAUUU